AUGAUGUCUCCAUUACCAAUUCAAUCAAGACCAUUUGAAAUUCAAUUAUCAGAGUGUUAUUUACCAAAAUCUAUAUUUCAAUGUGAUCUAUUACUGGUUGUAAAUAAUCAAAGUGAUUAUAAUGAAAUUAAAAGUUGGAGAAAAUUAGCAAAAAGUUUAAAGUUAAAACUAAAUAUUUGGAAUACUAGUCUUUAUAGAGCUUUUAAUUUAUCUCAUGUUAAAAUGGAUGGAAAAUCAUUAUUGGAAGAUUUUCGUGGUAAAACUAUAUUUUUUUAUAUAAUAGUUUUUAAAAGAUGA